AUGUGCCAAAAUAUUGUUAUACCAGAUGACAUCUUGGUUAAAGAUUGGGAUGACCCUAUUGAGGCUAUUUGUAAGGUAACUUAUCCUGAACUUUUUGAUGGCACCAUUAUUAAUGAAAAGCUUAAAGACCGAGCAAUACUUGCACCAACGUUACAAUUAGUAGAUGAAAUAAACCAAUUCAUGAUGAGUUUAAAUUCGGCCGAAGCACAGACAUACUACAGCUCAGACAAGGCAUGCCCAACCGAGUCUUAUAAUGACCUAUUGGCAUCCAUUCACACUCCUGAAUUUCUGAAUACAAUUAGAUGUUCAGGAGUGCCUAAUCAUGAGUUGACAUUAAAGGUCGGAACUCCUAUCAUGCUUUUAAGAAACAUUGACCACGCGACAGGAAUGUGCAAUGGUACACGCUUGGUUGUGACUAAGCUUAGGAAACACAUAAUAGAAGCACAUAGCAGGUUAGAAGGUUUUUAUUCCCAUGAUGACUUUAAGCCCAUCCGAUCAUCGAAUACCAUUCAAAUUCCAACGAAUACAAUUUCCUAUAAUGGUAUCAUAUGCGAUGACUAUCAACAAAAGUCGAGGUCAAUCACUAUCAAAGGUUGGUUUAAUACUUAA